UUAGAUAACAUGUCAAAAUUGUUCUUUUUUUUAAGUUCGUGUCCUCUACAUAUUUUGUAUAUAAUUUAAUUGAACGAAAUUAAAUGAAUUUAACAGCGUUUGUUAAAUCAGUCCUAGUCGGAAUACCAGUAGGAAUUACAUUUUUCGAUUGCGUCGGCUAUGUUGCCAAAGUAGAGGGGAUUUCUAUGCAGCCAACCUUAAAUCCUGACACCAGUAAAUCGGACUACGUAUUUUUAUCCCGAUGGGCUGUACGAAAUUAUGAUGUGGAACGCGGUGACAUCGUCUCACUCAUGUCGCCCAAGAACCCGGACCAAAAAAUAAUAAAGAGAAUCGUUGGUUUAGAAGGAGACGUUAUCUCCACAUUAGGAUAUAAGACUGAUGUUGUUCGGAUACCGGACGGACACUGUUGGAUUGAAGGUGAUCACAUGGGCAACUCAUUGGAUAGCAAUACUUUUGGGCCAGUCUCACUGGGCUUGAUGACAGCCAGAGCGACUUAUAUUGUCUGGCCACCAUCGCGAUGGCAAAGUCUGCAGGCAGAUUUUCCAAAACCAACACGGAUUCUAUCAUCGUCAACAAAACAAUAUUCACAUUUUCAAGCCCAUUAGUGUUCAUAAAAAUUUAAAGUUGUUUUAGGAAAAAUAUACAGAAAUUUAGAAUUUA